AUGAUGAAGUCGACAUUGCUUCUACUCAUUAGCUCGUCCAUGUGCGGCGUGGCGUUCGGCUACACGCUGCACUUUCAAAACAACUGCCCCUUCACUGUCUGGCCUGCGGUUGGGAAAGCUCCGAAUGGACAACCUGAUCCAUCCGUGGCUUAUGGCGCCAAACUCGAGCCAGGGGGGUCGAGUCAAUUUGGAGUGAACGACGGAGAGAUAGGAAUCCGCUCUUGGGGUCGCACUGGUUGCGAUGGCAAUGGUGCAAACUGUGCGACCGGAUUUGGUAACGAGAUCUCGUGGGACUCUCCCGAGUUGAUGGCUCUAUCAAUAGUCAUUGAUACAUCCAUCAACAACGGAGGUAACGUCAAAACGUGCCGCCAGAGCAAUUGUCCCUCCGAUCAAGCUUUUGCCCAGCCCAAUGACUUCCAAGCGGUCACCACCAGCCCCGUUGGAUCUACUUUCGAUAUCACUUUCUGUCCAUGA